GCCGCGUGAGUUCCCCACUGGCUGCUCGGAAAAGCCAUCUUUGCAUUGUUCUUCGGGCUGGCUCGCCGCUCGCCGCUCGCCGCAGCCACCUCCGCCGUGCGCGCAGCCGCCGCGGACACCGGCAGCUUUAUCGCCAGAGUCUCCGAACUCUCCCUUUUUUUUAAUCCGUUACAUCGGACCACCGGCGUGCCCCACCAUGUCAGACGCGGCCGUGGAUACCAGCUCCGAAAUCACCACCAAGGAUUUAAAGGAGAAGAAGGAAGUUGUGGAGGAGGCAGAGAACGGAAGAGACGCACCUGCUAAUGGGAACGCUAAUGAAGAAAAUGGGGAACAGGAGGCUGACAAUGAGGUAGAUGAAGAAGAGGAAGAAGGUGGGGAGGAAGAAGAGGAGGAGGAGGAAGGAGAUGGUGAGGAGGAGGAUGGAGAUGAAGAUGAGGAGGCUGAGGCAGCUACGGGCAAACGGGCAGCUGAAGAUGAUGAGGAUGAUGACGUGGACACCAAGAAGCAGAAGACCGAUGAGGAUGACUAGACAGCAAAAAAGGAAACAUUAAACUUAAAAAAAAAAAAAAAAAAAGGCCGCCGUGAC